AUGACAACCCCUGCAGCCCCUGAAGGCAAGCAGGGGGCGCCAGGGGCCCCAGGCGGCGGUGGUUCUUUCGUACGCAGAGAUCAGCUCAUACAGAUUGAAGAAGAAGUUCAGAAACUAUGGGAGAAGGAGAAGCCGUAUGAAGUAGAUGUGGGGCGUUUACGACGCACCGAGAUGGGAGCUGACGGCACUUCGGACCCAACUAAGUUCAGCAGCAACAAGUCCAAGCUGGUGGCAAAGACGGGGAAUUUGAAGACGCAGUGGGAGAUCAUGGCUGCUCUCGGCAUCCCCGAAGAAGAAAUUCCCCGCUUUGCUGACGCAAACUACUGGCUAGACUACUUCCCCCCAAGGCAAGGAUGCAAGAGAGAUCUGAUUCGUCUGGGUACAGCUGUUGACUGGCGCCGCUCCUUCAUUACCACCGACAGAAACCCUUAUUAUGCUGCUUUCGUUCGCUGGCAGUUCAUGAAGCUUCUGGCAGCAGGGAAGAUAUCGUUUGGAACGCGGCCUACAGUAAUAAGCAGGAGAGAGCUGCAGGCGUGUGCUGAUCACGACAGACUGACGGGGGAGGGUGUGGGGCCUCAAGAGUACACUUUAAUUAAACUUAGAGUAAAGACAGAAGAAGCAGAAGAAGCUGCAAGUACACCGUACACUAACCUAAUCGACCAGUGGAAGACAUAUGCAAAUACACCCAAAGGCAGCAGAAAUCUAUUUCUUGUUGCAGCCACACUCAGACCUGAAACCAUGUAUGGGCAGACUAACUGCUACGUCCUUCCAGAGGGAGAGUAUGGCGUCUUCUUGGCCUUUGACAAACCCCGUGUGAACGUGGAGCAGCAGCAGCAGCAACAGCAGGAGCAGCAGACGCUGCAGGAGAAGCUGGCAGCAGCAGCAGCAGCAGCAGCAAGUGGAGACACUCUGGAGCAUAUCAUGACGCGUGAAGAAGCUCUAGCUGAGUGCAGCACUGCAUUCAUUUGCUCCCACAGAUCAGCCCUUAACAUGGCCUACCAGGCAAGAAACCCUAAGCCCUAA